AUGGGGUGUUGCGAUCGAAGGAAGUUCGUUAGGGUUUUGUCUUUGCUCUGCAUGGUGGUGCUGGCGGCGCUGGUGAGCACCGCCGAGCCCGUGGCGGCGGGAAGGCCGCUGCAUGAGGGGAGAACGGCGACGUGGGGCGACAGCGGCGGGCUCUUCAGCUUGCUUCAGCUUCUGCCUAAGGGCGGCGGUGGCUCCGGAGCCUCCAGUUGCACCGGCGGACCAGUCAGAAACGGCGGUCGGUGCCCCUGA